AUGCCGAGCAGAUGUUUCUUCGCCCUUGCGACGCUUUUGGUCUCGAGCAGUGCUGCUUGGACUAGCUCCCACAGCUUUAACUACAGCGCCCUUAGCUUGAGGGAAGUUGGUGCCCGCAACACAGAGGACUGGAGGAUUUGGCUCGAGAAGGACGGUGAUCCCAUUUCCUUCUGGCAUGAUGUGCCAGUCUGGCCGGAUGAGAGCAACAAGCAAGUGGUGAAUCUUGUGGUUGAAGUACCCAGAUGGCAAGAUGGCAAAAUUGAACUCAAGAGGAGCGAGCCUCUAAAUCCUAUCGUUCAUGACUCUCUUAAUGGCGCUCCUAGAUAUGUGGAGAAUGUGUGGCCACACAAAUCGUACCCUUUCAUCUACGGGUCUAUCCCUCAAACCUGGGAAAGUCCGAAUUACAAUCACUCUUUUACCAGCCUGUUGGGGGACAACGACCCCGUAGAUCUCUUCGACAUCGGUCAAGACCGCGGCUACGUUGGUCAGGUGAAACAAGUCAAGAUUCUCGGUGGUCUUGCCUUGGCUGAUGGCAACGAAACCGAUUGGGAGAUUCUCGGCAUCGACAUCAAAGAUCCCAUGGCGUCCAUCAUCAAUACUCGGGGUGAUCCAGUCAUCAACAUCAUCGGGGACUGGUACCAGAACGUCACUUUCAUGCAAAGCGUCGUCGAGGAAAGCCACAAGACUUGGGCGGAAUUGAUUAGAGGAGAAGUCGACUCCAAUGAAAUCAAUUACAACCAGACCUCUCGGCCAGACGUCGAAAACAGCUUUAUAAAUAAAGCGACAACAACCGCCGAAUUCAACAUCCCAGCAGAGAGCAGAAUCGAUCCUGCUGCUCCAAGGCCAGAAAAGGCCGAUCGCUGGUAUUACCUGGACAGUGACGCCGACUUGAUUGUGGUUCCUCAGACACAACAAACAUUUCUCAAUAGGCAACAGGUCUAG